ACAGCAGCUCCAUAGUUUUACUUAUGUCCCUCUUUGGUAGAUUAGCAAAAUGUUUUUGGUUUAUUUCACAUAUUGUAUCUUUAAAAAUACAAUAUAAGGGCAUGUUUGCCAUCUGAAAUAUUCAGGACACCUACAGUGGGUAAAAACCCACAGCAAGACGGAGCAUGGUUAAAUAGAUCAUCCAUCCUGACAGUUAGCAGCCAGGGUCAUUCGUUUGACAGUGGUUAUGAUUUUAGGAAACCUGACAAACAUCAUGCAUGGAUUAGCGUUUCAUAGCUCUGUUAACCCUUAAGAAGUAAGUCACAGCAAUGCUGGGAUUUCAGUUUUGACCUCCAGUUGGAGAAGGUUGAGGACCUGAGUGAUACAGGGUGUUGCCAUGUGCAACCGGGCAGAUUCAACAUUGUUUUUAUUUUGCGCCGGAUCAACGAGAUUGGGACAAAGCUUGUUAAUGAUGACACGUAACCCCACAUUGAGGUUAUUCAGUUCAGAGGGGGGAAGGGAAGGCAGAGGACCACCAGUGGAGGAUUGUAUUUGUAAACAGAUCAGAGAGUAGGGUUGCCCCUCUCUGAACAUUACACAUCGCAGUUAAGUCUCUUUGUUCUCUGAUUUGUGAACCAAGGAAAGUUCAUCUUUGACCUUUUUAAGAAGGUAAAAUGUCAGAGAAAAUUAAUUUCAUCUGCCAAUUCUUACCCAGGUCUCACACCAGAAAGAUUAAGUCUGUAGGGUUUGUUUUUGUUUAACCACCAAAGCAAUUAUUUUGAAGUAGUGACAUAAUCUAUUUGAAGUGAUGGAUUAAAUGUACACUAUUAACAAGGAGCAGUCAGAAUUAAUUUUUCCAAUUUUUUCAGUGAUGUUUCGAUCCUGAUCAUGAGCUGAGCAUACAAACACAAAACAAGGGGACAAAUUAAUAUAAUUUAAUAUAUAUUGCCUAGAAUCUAUAAGGAGCAUAUCUUCACCUUUUAUUCAAAAAGCCUUGGUUGUCACAUUUUAAUGUUCAGGGUAUUGUUCUGAAAUCACUUACUGAGUUCACUCAACACGGACGUGACCGCAUGACACACUUAUCAGCCCAAUGUAUGCUUCAUAAAGGCCUCCAAGAUUACCACGCAUUUGACACGCACAGAGAUCUAAUUGUUAUGCAUUCUGUUUAAUAGUGUUGAGUAUAUAACAAAGCCACAGGAGCUUAGAUUGGCUGCAUUUUCUGAUUUUCAUUAAGUUUGUUGUAAGUGAGCAUUAAAGCAGCUGAAGACAAGGUAGUCUUUUCUUUGCCGAUAACUAACAUUUAACUGUAUUCACAAUGUAUUGUCACCAAAACCUUUAAUGACCUCAGAGGAACAGCAUGUGUCCAGCUUUAUAUCAAGAUACAGUACAUCACCAACUUGAUGUUGAGAUAUUAUUUCUAAGCCAUAUUGCCCAGCCCUACCUUGAAGGUAUGAUAGAGAAGUAGCUCCUUUUUGUGUGUGCAGUAGCCCAAAGGAUCAAAUAUCUUGGAAACCCCGCUGUUAAAGACCCUCCCACACACUUCUGCAUGGUCCCCUCAAGGCUACGCACUAGCCAUGUAAAUUUAAUAAUAUAGCCCAGAGCUGUCUGGGACACCUGGGGUUAUCGCAUUAGGCCGACAGCCCGGAGAGGAGCUUGCAGUGCCCUGUAACUAAAGGGCCAGUGUUCUUCCCCCUCAGCCCCACCCAUAUCUGUUGUCAUCUCUGGCAACAGGGGCUCACUUCAGUGUAAGCCCUCAGUGAAAGAAGUUGUCCAGGCAAAUGGUGGAGAGCUGGCGUGGAAGAAUCUAAUUGGACUGGAAUGCUCGUCUCUUCACAGCCUUCAGACGGUCACCCCAUGUCUGAGAAGGUGCACCUCCGCCUUAUCCUGGUCAGUGGGAAAACACAAGACUUCACUUUCUCCCCGAACGACUCGGCCACAGACAUUGCCAAACAUGUAUUUGAGAACUGGCCUGCAGGAUGGGAGGAGGAGAGGGUGAGCAGCCCCAGCAUACUGCGCCUCAUCUUUCAGGGACGCUUCCUUCAUGGCAAUGUUACUCUGGGAGCCCUAAAGCUGCCACCGGGCAGGACGACUGUCAUGCACUUGGUUGCCAGAGAGACUCUGCCAGAGCCCAACUCUCAUGGUCAAAGGAACAGAGAAAAAACCACAGAGAGCAACUGCUGUCUCCUCUUGUAAAGCAACAGAAACAUCCCCCCCCCCGUCAUUCUACCCAGACCUCACUCAUAACUGACACACACACACACACAUAUAUAAACAUGCAUACACUCUGCUCUCCCUUGCCCUGUCAUCCUAUCAGCUGUGGAUGUGGAAUAAGUCACAGAAGUCUGGUUGGGGGGGCAUUAUCCACUUUGGUUGAACUCAUGUCCAAUCUGAGGCAUCUUCGUGCCAAUAUAUUAACAUCCCUCCAGAACUUUUACUUUAUCAACAGUUUGCUGUUGUUGCAAACUGCAUUUUUAUUUGACAGUCCAAUAAUACCUUUGCUGCUGGACACGUUUUAAAUAGCGAUCAUAGUGAAAAAGACCCAGGAACUCGUCACUCUUCAUGGACACAGAUGUGCUCUAAAGGAGGUGUGGGCUUUAACCUUUCCCUACUAGUCACAUGGAUGUUCCCCCCACGUCUUACUCAUUGGUGUUAACCCUCUCAUUGCACUUAACCUGGUUGUUUAUUCAGAAGUGUUUAUAGUGUCACCCUCUCUUUCCUCACAUUUUCCUUUGAACAGACCUCAGUUCCCGCCACAUGGUAGAAAACGUGCCAUCCUCCCCGUAGACCGUUUCUGCCUCUUAAUUGAACCGUUGAGUCUUUUAUCGACACUAAUGGCAUUCGUGCCAUUACCUACAUCCUGUUUGGUCCUGGCAAUGGAUCAAUGGAUAUUUUACUUUUAUCAGGAGGAGCUUUAACACCUGAGGGAUGUACAGGUCCAUCGGGAACAGGAACAGGACUCCCAGUGAGGCUUGCAAAAAAAAAAAAAAAAAUGGAGGCAGAGGAGGAUUUGCUUGUGUGCCAUCUGGUGUCAUGUUCACACUUGUGGCGGUGACUUAAUUCCUUAGACUGCCGACGUUCUUUCGUAAUGGGAUCCGACACAAAAGGCCACUUACACACAGACAGAAGAUGACGGGGUAAACAUGGGAGGUGGACGUGUGGUUGGAAUGAAACCCUCCUCUAUCGGACACUGAGAACAAGGUAGAGGGAGCGACGUCUCCCCCUCGGGUGAAAAGUAAAAAGGAAUUUUUUUGGUGGCGUUUCAUUUGGAUGCUGUCUUUACUUCUUGUUUGCCUUUUAUUGUGGAAUUCAGUAAUAUCAUUAAUAUUGAAAUUGAAAAAUAUCAAUUUUUAUCUUGUGUAUAGGUAUUUGUUAAAUUUUAGUGUGUGUGAGUGAAUGAGAGUGUUGGUGAGCGAGUGAUGCACGUGGCAUACUGUGUGAAGUCGAGCGAGGGCAUGUGGUCUUAAAUAAAAGGUGGUGCACUGGGAGUGUUGAUGGGCUGCGGUUUCUUCAGAAACAGUCGGAAACCUUUUGAUUCCUUCCAUUGAGUGUCCUUUGGUUUGUGUUUUUGUCAAUCAAUGUCACUGCUAUGAAGUUUAGCUCAGUAUGAAUAAAUGUAAAAACUAAAAUGCAAUGUGGUCUACAUAAAAGCUUGUAUUAUAAAUUAAUAAAUCUUUAAGUAAGGCAA